AUGUCUUACCGCAGGGCCACCAUCAAGAGCGUGGAUAUGUUGGAGGAGAUGCAGCGUGACGCCUUGCAGUGUGCCUGUGAGGCGCAGGAGACAUACAGCCUAGAGAAAGACAUCGCAGCCCACAUCAAGAAGGAGUUUGACCGGAAGUAUGGCCCGAUCUGGCAUUGCGUAGUGGGGAGCAAUUUCGGUAGUUUUGUCACCCACAAAGCCAGGCAUUUUAUCUACUUUUACCUGGGCCAAACUGCCAUUCUCCUGUUCAAAUCUGUUUGGAGCCUGUACUCCCCACAUGUCUCCAUGGGACAAUGA